AUGGCGUUCGCCGAGCUCCGCCUCCGCGACCUCGCCGAGACCCCGCCCGAGGUCCUCGAUCAUCACUUCGAGGCUUGGUUCGCCAGCCGUCUCGACGCGUCGGGGGUGAACCUCCCGGUCGACGUCGUGUCUUCGUUGAAGAAAGCCGCGAAAGCCGCGUUGCUCUCCCCUUGGAGCUCGAUUCUAUAUAUCGAUGAAACCAUCGAUUCCCCCCGAAGAACCCCGUACCCGUGGAUCGACGUCGACGCGCCCUUCGCAGGAUCCGGCGAGUACAGCUGCCGGGUGAGCGUCACGACGACGUGGCUGGGCCUCGAGUGCGAGUUUCAAAAAUCGACCCCUCACGCACAAGACAAGCGGCUCAUUAAGGUCAGACGCCCAGUAGUAGACCAGAACACUCCCACUGGGGAUGUCCGCGUGUUCACGACAGAGCGCUGUCGAACGUACGUCGAAGCAUCGAAGGGUUCAAGAGGGUAUAAACCGUCUUGGCCGUGGGACAUCAGGUAUUGCGACGCCUGCGGCGUGGAGAACAACGUUCCAGGCGGAUGGUCGAAUGGAAGGUACUGCAUGCAGUGCCUCGAUUGGGGCGCUUGCCCUGAAGAUCCCGACGGAGACUACACACGGGAUCCGUACAACGACUGA